AUGGCUUCUCCGACAUUCGGCUGCCCAAAUAUGCCUGUUGUUAUCAAAUGGGGCGAUACCGAACAAUACAACUAUAUUGGUGCACAAAGGCACAAUCUCCGAAUAAAUAUACACCUUGGCACGGAGACAAGUCCCCAAUUGAUUAUUUGGUUCAGUAUGACAAUUGGAAUUACAGCGAGCCCCGAUUCCUCUACAAUACGUACAAAAACGCUUUACUUCGUUAUCCCAGCUAGUUUGCUUGGCCACAACGAGAACGACACAUGUCUCUCGUUAGAGACUCCAAACUCUGAUCGUUCUAUCGACACUAGCACUGCUAUACGAGAGGCUGGCAUAAGUUCCGAUCAUGCCUCUGUUUCCCGUAUAUGCUUUCAGCUCCACGAUCAUGGCACAGUGUUCAUGCCCCCUAUUAAUGAGCAUGCCUUCACCCCUGCGUCGGACAUUGCCUUACAACUAUUGGUUAGUUUGCGGUCCCUUUCUCAGGCUAAGCAAUUCUGGGUAUAUACAUCGUCCGAAGAUUCAUGUCUCACCAAACUCUGGAAAAGGAUCGACCGAAUACGUGAGGGAACUUUUACAGGUGACUUUACGACUCAGAGCGUAUUUAAACGUGGCAUGGUAUGCGACAAAUGGACGAAUUUCAACAAUUUCGUGAGACGGGAGAAUCCGGUGAGACGGGAGAAUUCGGUGAGACGUGAAAACACUCUUCAUGGCGAACAGCAUGCCUCGGAGCCCCCACCGCUAUACAUUGGUGAAAGUCAGGGGGCUGGAAUGGAACGCGAAGAUAAUGAUCCUUCCUAUGUUCUCGACCAAGACCUUGUGGAUAGCGAAAGCGAUCAAGAAUUGUCCUUGAAGCGUAAGCGCAGCUACAGCAAUAUAUCUUCCGAUCCUACGCCAUCAGGUAUCCUUAAGCAUGUUACUGAUGCUAGUAUUCCUAAUUCUAAUGAAUCCCAUGCAGAUCAUCAAAGUUCCAGAGUUCGGUUCGCCGAACCUUGUAACGAAGUCCCAAGCGCCAUGGAAAAGGAAUUGUCUGUCUUCAUUUUUUGGGUGUUGGAGAACCACUUGCGCUUAGGAAAGAGUCGUGAGGAGGUCUUCUCAGAUCUUGGCGGGGCAGUGUCUCGUGGAGAUAAACGCAAAUUUAACGAAAUCAAAUCGAAGUGUAUGGCGAAUAUUUGCGUUAAAUAUGUCAAGACGGGAUCGAAAUGGGUUGUGAGGAAUACUGUCUGA